CAAAACGUUCCAAAUGGCCAAACUGUUCGAUCCCAGUCUGGGUCCAACUCAGCCCAAUCUGCAAACCAGCAGCCACAAAUCAUAGACACCCGCUAGCGCUGGAACUCGCUAGACAUUUAUAAAGACAGAUAAUUUGCCAUCUUAUAACAGGCUGAUAAGAUUUAAGCAUGAAAAAGGGUGAACUCUGACCCCCGACCCCUCCACCCGGCGGGGUCAGUGACAUGGCGGUGGCGGCGGCUCGGAAACUGAGUCGGGAGGAGGUUGUGGCGCUGGUGGCUCUGGCCCUGCGCUCCGGGCUCAGCGAGCGGGACAUCGCGGGGCUCGCGUCGGUGCAGAAGCUGCUGGGCCGCUCCCGCUCCCCCCGGCGCGGCCUGAGGCCUUCCACCGCUCUCCUCCUCCUCCUCCUCCUGCUGCUGCUGUGCGCCCCGCUCCCCCAGCCCGCCCUCCGCCUCUGGUUCUGGCUCCGCGGCCUCUCGGCCGAUAGGCAGAUGUGCGUGCUUGGCUUCGCCGAGCUGCACAAUCCCUUCCGCCGGCCCUUGGACUGCCGAGUCUGCCACAACAUCACCAGCGUGGACAGGAAGAGCAACCUGAGCCAUGAGGAGUUCUUGCGGGCUUACGCCUACUCCAUGCAGCCGGUGGUGGUGGAGGACGGUCAGAGGAACUGGUCGGCCAGGGAGGUCUUCAGCUUCGAGUUCUUCAUACGGAUCUACGACAACGACAGCCGAGCCCUGGACAACAGCGGCAGCGAGUGCCAGUUCUUCCCCUACGACACCGAGUUCCUGAACUUGGGGGAUGUUUUCAGUAUGGAGGCUGGCCGUGCUCGCAUGCACAACAAUGCCAAACCUUGGUACAUUGGAUGGAGUAACUGUGAUUCCAGUGCGGCAAGUAUCCUGAGACAGCACUACAAACGACCAUAUUUUAUCCCAGCCAUUUCCGAAUCUAGUAAAAUGGAUUGGAUAUUCAUGGGAGUACCAGGGCAUGGAGCCCACAUGCACAUUGAUGAUGUAGAUAAUCCCUCAUGGCAGGCCCAGAUCAGGGGCAUCAAACACUGGAAGCUGGAACCUCCAGCAGAAUGCUAUUAUGAAUGCUCUUCUCUGGAAGCUAUUGUGUACCCUGGGCAGAUCAUUGUGCUGGACACGAAUAAAUGGUUUCAUGAAACGCACAUUUUGGGAGAAGAGCUCAGUAUUACUAUUGGUUCAGAAUAUGACUGAGUUCUGACAGGUCUUCACCUUGGGAAAUGAAAUACUUGAAAUACUGUUAUGGCAUCAGACGAAGAAUGGAGAAAGGCUGCAGGAUUGGUUACUGACUCCGUUCUAGUUUGGGUGUAAUCCCAGCUGUGUGCAUGGGCGGACAAUUGUCCACAACCUCAAAUGAUGGUCAACUGAAGGAUUGUUAGAGUGUGUCUCUCUCUUAACUGGCAGUCCUUUAAAGCUUCAUUUACGGAUGUUAAUUAUUUGGCAUUUCUGAACAUUGAAACCAGAGGAGUAGAAGGUAAAUGGGUCUCUUAGUAUCCUAUUUUUGUCGCUAUUUUUGAAAAAACUUUUUCAAGUAUAAUGCACUUUUUCUUUGGCUAACGCUUUCAGAAAAUAAGAUUUAAAGUUGGGAGUUCCCCAGGAGUCUGUUUAUAUCUCCUUAGAGUCCUCCACACACAAAAUUGAAAGUUAUAGUCAUAAAAUGCUGCAAACCAAAUUCAACACAGGUUUAAAAAAUAAAUCUCUCUUUUUACCCCUGCGAAUACUUUUUAGAUCUCGGUUCUGAACACACAAACGAAUUUCAGGCUGUAGCUAUGUCUCCAGUUUUCCUGCUAGAUUCCUCUGUUCACUUUGGCAUCUGUUCAGCAGUUAUGUAUUUUCUUUACAAUGAAGUUUCAUGUGGUUGACCGUUGGGCCUUUUGUGAAGUAUACAGGACUCUGACAUCUCAUUUCAACAUUUUAAAAUCUGUUCACAAGUUACUGAUCCCAUCACUGGUGUUGUGGUGAAUGUACAGCACUUCACAUAGCUGGACUGUUGACUUCUCUGUUCUUCUCCCUUUUUUUUCUUGCUGGUCAACAGGAACUAUGAAGGACCAUCAGUUCUAAUGAGAGAAUCACACUUGGAAGGUUAACCAUACUUCCUCUUUUGGAUAUUGUAUUGAAUUACAUAUAAAUUGCAAUGUGGAGACAGCACUUUGGCAUCGCUGUUUUGGUAAUAAUCCUCCACAUGAACAGUAGCCCUACUGCUCUGUGCCUGCACUGUUCCCAUGGCCCAGCUACUAACUGAUCUCUUCACUUCAGCAUUUAAAGCAAUGCACUUGUUAAAUAUUCCAGAAUAUUAUUCGCUUCCAAUGAGAUGACUUUGCAGCUACUAGCUUUUUGUUCCAAUUUUUAAGAACUUUUUCAAAAUGACAGCUCUGAAUAAAUGCAGCUUUUGACUCCAUCUACACUAUUGCAACUCUCAUGUUGAGUAGUAGCUGUGAAUAACAUGGCUAUUUUCAUCGCUGUCUUUUGCAGCCGGCAUUAACUUUUCCAGACAUUUCUAACUCAUUGUCAGAAAUAUUUAUAGUUUAAAAGAAAUGAUAGUAAUAGGAAGACUUUCGCUUCUAGAUACAAUUGAAAUAUCAGCAGAACAUUUAAAAACUAAAAUGCUUAAUGACAUACACAAUCUAUCUAGUUUAUACAGACACAAGGUCAGGCACUCUGCAGUGUAACUCAAUGGAUCAGAUGUGGCACAGAGCAUUUAGACUAGGAAGGCCAAAGUUUGAGCAAUGAUCUAUGUAGAGUUGCUAAGUAAUAUGAAUGACCUGUGUAUGUCCAGGCUUUAGGAGAGAUAGUGGUGGAGGUGUGGCUUGUGGGGAGGGAAUGGAAAAUUGCAGGUGGUUCCUGCUCCUGAUUGCUAUCUAGUGAUCUCUGCUCUUUUGGAGUGAACCUUUGACUUACUGGUAGAGUCAGAAGGUACAAACUUUGAAACCAACUUCAUUCCUGGCGAGUAGUGACUGGAGCUCUGAUUGAGUGCAUCCCCAACUAUAUUAUAUGGGCUAAUGGGAGCCCACAAAACCCUCCCACUGUAUAGGGCUAACUACCGUAUCAACUGGUAUGAAGACAGAAAGAGGGUUCACAUUGUAGCCUGUCAGACUGUUAAUCAGUCUGUGAGUCCUUCCACUGCUUCCUUCACACUCUUCUCUAAGGGAAGGAUGUGAAGAGAUGAACACAACCUCCCUACCUGAUAUGUGUAAUUGGACACAAGAUCAAGUUCUGUUUAAAUAAGUGGCUCAUCAGUGUACUGUACACAGUGCACUUUAGGCUAGGCUUACAUGUGAAGUAAUCGAGAGCUGCUUGCAUCUGUGUAACUCAACCUGCCUUAAUGAUAGGAAAGCAAGAGUGUAAACAGAGUGAAGUUGACCUUUGUGGAAAUGCAAACAUCAACAUUCCUGCCCAUACAUGUGCUGAUUCUUUACUGCCUAUUGGGAUAGAUUUAUAUAUCCUUUUAUUACCAGCUUUCACCCCAAGAAGAAAAGGUGUUGCUGCCUUUUCAAAGGAUGAAUUUGUAGUGCCCAUUUUCCCACGUGAGCCUGGCUGUUUAACUACAGGAGAUUUCUAGGUGCACGUCAAGCACAGGCUGCUGGAUGGUGAUCAAGAGCAAAUACCUGGCAAUAUUUUGCUUCCCUAACCCAAGGGACUGAGGUCAAUUGUAGUAUCCACAAUGCCACACGCCCCCCCCGCUACUUCAGCUGAAAUGUACCUAACCCUGAUGAAAUAAGAUACCUUGCUGGGUUGUAUGACUCCCCAGAUGCGCAAAUACAUCUCUCAUGAGGCUCUAUGUAGUUAUUGGUUUUGCCAAGAACAAAAUGUCUGGAUUAAAAAUUGUUGAUACUGGGAUCAGGAGUUUAUUUACAUAGCCUUAAGUGAUUAAUAGCCGGUUUUCUGGCAUCCAUUAUUUUUCCUAUUUGUAUUGUCAUUAUCGGUACUGAAACAUUCAAAAAUAUAGAAUAUACAACAUGGAUGCAAGCCAUUUAGCCCAACCAGUCAUGCUGGUGUUUGUUCACUAUACAAGUCUCCAGUCAUUUUAUCCAUCUGAUCUCAAUCUUUUGGCAUAUCUUUCUAUUCCUUUAUCUCCCAUACCUGUCUAGUUGAGUUCCACAUGUUAACCUCGUGUAAUCAAUUUUUUUCUCAUUUCCCUAUCUUUUAUUUAUGGUCUCCCAUUUUGGAUUCCCGCACUCAUGGAAACAGUUCUAACCUAUCCAACCACAGUCUUCUUUUCUGUAAAGAAAGAAGCACCCACAUGUUCAUUCUUUCCUGAUAGCUAUAAUUUCUGUUUUGCAAAAUCGUUAUUGCUCUUUUCUCCAGUGCUUCUAUUUCCUCUUAUAGAGUCCAGAAUUGUGCAUGGUACUCAAGUGCGACCUGUGCAGGAUCCUGCAGAAGUUUAGCACAAAUUCUGUACUUUCAAAUUCUGUACCCCUAGAGUUAAAUACCAAUCUUUUCUUUACAUUUUUGCUAACUAUGGUGCAGAUUUUAAAUUGUUCUCUUCUAUUCCUUUGUACUUGGACCUAAUACCUUUUAUUUGCCAAGGUCUAGGUAAUAUUCUAUUUUUUCUACCAAAGUGGCUCACCUCAUGAUUUAUUUGACUUGUUAACUGUUCAGUCUGCAAGUUUUAUAAUGUAUUAUGUUGUACACUUCCUUGAUGAAAGCUGUAUGUACCCCUCAUCUGCACCCCCCCCCCCAAUUUGGUAUCUUCUACAAAUUGAGUUAAUUGUUCUAAGUCCAACUCAUUAAUGUAAACUGUGACAAUGACCCCAGCUGUGAUCCUUGUGGAACACCACCUUCUACCUUCUUCCAAUUUGAAUAACUAUGUUUUGCCCCUACUCUCUGCUUUAUAUUUUUUUCUACACAAUUUUCUAUCCAUUCAGCUGUUUGUCCCCUAACACCACAUAACCUAACCUUUGUCAUGACCCACUUAUCAGAGGCUCUUUGAAAAUCCAAAUAUAUGACAUCUACUGCAUUACCUUUAUUCUUUCUUUUACCUCUUCAAAAAAUCCCAUCAGGUUAGUUAAGCAUGACUGAGCCUAUCAGUGUCCAUGCUAGCUAUGUUUUAUUUUUUUGUUUCUAGAUGCUCUUCUAACUCUCCUUUUAGUACCGAUUUCAAUAUCUUUCAUUCCACUGAAAUUAAGCUGAUUGAUCUAUAGUUCCAAGGUUUGUUCUAUUCCCCUUUUUGUAUAUAGGAACAACAUUGGAUUUCCACCAGUCUUUUCCUGUGGAUAUGGAUUUAUGUAGAUUAUUUGUAUCUAGUGCCUCUGCUAUCUCCUCUCUCAUUUUUGCAUGGGUGCACACCAUCUAGACCUGGGGUUUUAUCCUGUUUCAGUUUUGCCAAUUGGCCAUUUAUUUUCUCCCUUUCUACCCCAACUUUCUUAUUUUUAAGCUCAUCCUCCAGUGAAUUGUAUAUCUUGUAAUUAAUGUUUAGCCUGUCUGAAGCAGGAAAAAAAGUUACCUAAGGCAUCACUGCGAUGGAGGAAAGCACAGUAGUAAGUCCGCAAAAAAUCCUUAUGGUAUUGCUUCAGGUUGGACACAUUCCAAAACUGUUUGCACAUGUGCAACAGCAAAAUGUGUUCAUCUGUAAAUCAGCUCUGGUUGAAUUUUCCAAUCCAGCACAAUACUUCAUAAAAAUAUACUUGGCACUCCCAGCUUAGAACUGUAAGAAAAUGUUAAUAAUCCAUACCUGUAAUGUUUGGGUUUAUAUCAUGAAUAUGUGGGAAUUAGUUAUCAUCUGUGACUUAAUUUCAAGCUUCAGGUGACAUUCAGCAUCCACACACGUCACUUCAUGUUUGUCUGAUCUUAUCUGAACUCCUAAAUUUGAACUUCUAAUUUCUGUCCAUAUACCAAUGACUACAUAGUUCACUGUAAACCAUUUGAACUUUUAUCCGCCGUUGUUUAAGGCAUCACUUUCUAAGCAGUGAGCGCCAAGUCCUUUUGAAGUGCAAAGUUGAACGUAUUACAUGCAGGUAUCUGUUAACCUCAACUACGCAUUUGUCUCCACAGUCCAUGGUUUCACUUGUUUACAUUGAAGGCACUCCUGUAACUAGUGUUUAUAAUGUAUACCGUGCUUUAUGUGUAGUUUAAAGAUCGUGUUAGUAUUUGAAAGGUGUGGUUAUCCUGGCCUUUUUUGUAUUAUUUACAGUCCUAUGGACACCACUUGUCAAAAUUUCUCAAGUUACUUGAUGUAACCCAACCGUGUGAUAUUUAUAUGGAAAUAAACCACUUCUGUGGUAA